UCAAGGAGUACUUCAUUGUCGUCGUCAGAUACAACGUUGGUGUUGCCGGGUAGUGCAAGCACUCUGCUUACUAUGAUUGAGUCACCGUUGCUGAAUGGUGUUAGCGGCAAGUAUUUCGAUUCUCGUGGUCGACAGAUUCGAAGUGGUUCAGAGGCGACCGACGAGCGUUUACAGCAGAAACUCUGGAAAUAUAGUGAACAGUUAUGUGCGGAAUUCCUGAAAUACGACGACAAUUUGAACUAUGAUCGGAGUUUUGAAUGA